CAAAAUGCACAGAUUUGGUGUGUUCAUCUCUCCAACCACCUAAACUAAAUCCCACCGCCAGCUCUGCUGCUCUCCUUCAAAGUUCAAACCCUAACCAUUUACUUCUUCUUCAGAAUCACACAGUAAUCUACCCAGAAAAACACACACUACAUUCCACGGGAUCAGAUUCCAAAAACUUAAAAAUAGCACAUCAGAAUUCAAGGAGAUCCUGCCCAAAAAUGACAUUCAUGUCCUUAAAAAUCCAAACUUUACCAUCCCAGAUUAUAAAAAUCCAAUCUUUAUCAUCGCAGAUAAUCAAAAUCCAAUCCUUUUGCAUUUCUGCUUAGCAAUUCUCAUCAUCUCAUUCCAUGCUCCAAAGGGUUCUUCCAGAUCUUUUUGACAGUUUUGUAGAAUUAUUAUGGGUGUGGGGGCGGAAAAGAAAUGGCUUUUUGCACUGUUUUCUGCUGCAUUCCUAUCAUUCCUCAUAUUUGUCUCAUCAAUUUGCGGUCUAAGCUCAUCUUUCUACUCAUAUUCCUCUCAGAAACCUUAUACUUUAUCAGUCGACCGUGGCCCCGGCCAUCCGCCUGCUUUUGCUUAUUAUAUCUCCGGUGGCCGAGGCGAUGCGAAUCGGAUUUUUAGGCUUUUUUUAGCUGUUUAUCAUCCCAGGAAUAGGUACUUAUUGCACAUUGGUGCAGAUGGGUCGGAUAUUGAAAGGAAAAAAUUAGGGGCAAUGGUGAAUUCUGUUCCUGCUGUCAGGGUGUUUGGGAAUGUAGAUGUAAUUGGGAAGCCUGAUCCUGUUACUUACAUGGGGUCUAGUAAUAUAGCUGCUGUUUUACGGGCUGCUGCGAUUUUGUUGAAGGUGGAUAAGGGAUGGGAUUGGUUUAUUACCCUCAGUGCCUUGGAUUAUCCAUUGAUUACUCAAGAUGACUUAUCCCAUGUGUUCUCAUCUGUUAGGAGAGACCUGAAUUUCAUUGACCACACCAGUGACCUCGGGUGGAAAGGGGGUCAAAGAAUUGAGCCAAUUGUGGUUGAUCCAGGGAUAUACUUGGCAAGAAGGACACAGAUCUUCCAUGCAACCGAAAAGCGGCCAAUGCCUGAUGCUUUCCGAGUUUUUACAGGUUCACCAUGGGUCAUGUUGAGCAGAUCUUUCCUUGAGUUCUGCAUUUUUGGUUGGGAUAAUCUCCCUCGGACCAUUUUAAUGUAUGUUACGAAUACAAUGUUGUCUGAAGAAGUCUACUUCCAUACAGUUAUUUGCAACUCACAUGAAUUCAAGAACACGACUGUCAAUGGUGACCUAAGAUAUUUUGUUUGGGAUGACCCACCUAAAAUGGAGCCCCACUUCCUCAGCACAUCAGAUUAUGAGGGGAUGGUUCAGAGUGGUGCUGCUUUCGCCAGACAGUUUGCAACAGAUGACCCGGUGUUGGACAUGGUUGAUGAGAAGAUCCUCAAACGUGGCAGUAACCGACCUACGCCUGGGGCGUGGUGCACAGGGCGGAACAAAUGGUUGACGGAUCCUUGCUCUCAAUGGGGUAAUGUCAAUGUUUUGAAGCCAGGUCCCCAUUUCAAGAAGCUAUCAAAGUCUUUAAGUAAGCUUCUUGAAGAAUGGAAAUCAGAGUCAAAUCAGUGCAGAUAGCAGCAUACAGGAAGGGAAACAAUUGAAAUUGACUAAUCUUCAAAUCCAUCGGUUCAGAAGGAACCUUUAUCUUCCUCAUUUUUUGGGGACUCUUCUGAUCAAAGGUUUCUUCAUUGGUUAUAGUGAGGGAUAAAGAUGAAGCAGACAGGCUAGCCAAAUUCUUUCCUUAGUUUUAGGGCUCAGUUACAACUUUGGUGCCAGUUAUGCCACAAUGACAGAGUCACGCCAAAGUCCUUUGAUCCAUAAGAGGAAUCCCCCAGUCUAUUAUCCAUAUAUAUCAUGUUGUAACUUCUGCUAAUUUUUGUCGGAAUUUUGCAAAGGUCGAGGCACCAAACAAAUUCAUCAUCUGAGCCAUGUAAUCUGUAUGCUGUUUUUAGUUGGAUUGCCUUAGUAUCAUAAUGUUGAGCAUAAUCUUUAUAUUGCAAUGAGAAAGUGACACCGGAAUUCUGUUAGCAGAUUGUAUGGAACAUUACGAGUUCAGUGCUGGGA